AUGAACUUCCUCGCCCUUCUCCUCCUAUUCACCAUUCUCCUAGCCACUGUCGCUAGUCAGGUACGGACCCAAUUCACUUUUUAUCCAUGUCAAAUUCAAAUUUUCAGGGUAUAAUCCGUGAGAAACGAGGUCUUCGCAAGGCAUUCCGUGCGAUCCGUGACUCCGCGCUUCCGUCGUUCGGCGCGGCAGCUGGAGGUGCUCUGGGAGCCCGUGCCGGUGGAAUCAAGUUUGGAAAGGGGAAAGGCAAAUAAAUAUUGUACUGUUUUUGAUGGCGAGUAAACAAUUGAUAAACUUUUGAAUUGAUAAGCUUCAAAAACACAAACAGCAUGUUCCCCAAGCUUCUACUUUUCCUAUUCUUCUCCACAAUCCUUCUGGAUGCAGUCCUGUCAGACACCCGUGGCCUGGAGCCCCCAUUGGCCACUCUUCUGCCUUCAGAUGACAACGACGUCGGCAAUCCGUAUCGAAUUGGCGACGGCGUCAAGUUCGUCACAAGAAAGAAGACCCGAUAAUACAGAUUUCGUGAUGUUUGAUCUUUGCGACGUUAUAAAAAUAAAAGUCUUAAUCGAAUUAUGAAGAUACAUAAAUAGGCCAACUCAGGGAGGGCUUUUCAAAAAAAAAAAUGCAGUUUCUUCUGGUCCUUUUGCUCGUUCUCGGAGCCAUGCUCCUGAAAUCGCCGCUCUUGAAGAUCUGACCCUUAAAUUAAAUGUGAGUUUGAUAAAUUCGGCCAAAAAUGGAUCUCAACCACUCAUUUUUGGAACUCUAAGCCCAAAUAGGUCCCGUAAUUAAUACACCAGUUUCUAGACAGUUUCUAGAAGGCUCAACCGCGAGGUCCAAAGUAUGUACCCCGCUACUCGGUCCUAAAAUAUUCUAAUUCAUAAAGUUCAAUGGUCCAGCCACUGGGACCACAUCAUCAAACUUGCAGUCGGUGCCUCCAUUCGCUGACAUCUUCUUGGCCCGUACCUACACACGCAGACAUGGCGGUCGGCGUGGCUCCCUCGGCGGCUACAGAACAUACGGUCCCCGCAGAUUCAUGGACAUGGACGACACGUGGUACCUCAAUUAUCUGUCCGAGGGAAAAUGA